AUGUCUAGUAUGCUAAAAGCAACGGAACGGCAUUUUUAUUUUCAUGGCGAGGAGGGUUAUGAAGCAGAACGCAACAGCUGUCACUGGUGCCAGAUUCGCUCCUUUCCUACACACUCGGAUCUUCCCGUCACCGUAGUCAACGAAGAAGACUCGCAGGUCCUUCCAGACGACUUUCGUUUCAUCAACAACGUUGUUCUCGGUAAAGGGGUCGAGCAAGCCGGGGAUAGUUUCCGCAGCGGCUGCUCCUGCGCCAAUGAUUCACAUUGUCAGUUUACAAGCUGCCACUGCCUUGCCGACUUGGAGGACGACGACUCUAGUGACGAGGAGGAAGACUCUCCAGGCCAUGAUUCCAGUCGAAUGAACGUUGACAAACCACGGGUCCGGAGGAAGGCAUACGCCUAUCACGCCCGUGGUGCUAAGGCGGGUCUCUUGAGAUCAAAAUUUCACGACUCCAAGACCCCUAUCUACGAGUGUCAUCAAGGCUGUUCUUGCAGUACAGACUGUCCAAAUCGUGUUGUGGAGCGUGGUCGGACUAUCCCUCUGGAGAUUUUCCGUACUAAAGAUAGAGGAUGGGGUGUGCGAUCACCAGUAUCGAUCAAGAAAGGCCAGUUCGUCGACAGGUAUCUGGGAGAAAUUAUCACAUCCGCGGAAGCUGAUCGCCGACGCUCCAAAUCCGCCAUCUCACAGCGCAAGGACGUAUACCUUUUCGCCCUCGACAAAUUUACUGAUCCGGACUCGCUCGACACACGAUUGAAAGGUCCAUCUCUAGAAGUUGACGGUGAAUUCAUGUCUGGCCCGACACGCUUCGUCAACCACUCUUGCGAACCCAACAUGAGAAUAUUUGCACGAGUGGGCGACCAUGCCGACAAGCACAUCCAUGAUCUUGCCUUGUUUGCAAUCAAGGACAUACCAAAAGGUCAGGAGCUUACCUUUGACUACGUUGACGGAGUUUCGCACGAAGGCGAGGAGCCAGGUGGUGAUGUUGAUCAUAUGACACGGUGUCUCUGCGGUAGUAAGAAAUGUAGAAGGUUUCUAUGGUGA